CCGGGAACCCCGCGCACCCCGCGGCCACAGGACGGCCCAGCGCCACUGCUGCCGCGCCACCUCCCUGGGCCGGGCCAGCCCCAGCGCCCGCGCUCUCGGGGCGGACUCCCCGCCCUGCGCGCUCUCCAGCCCGCGAUGGCUACACUCGGAUACUUCUUAGUGCUCUGCAGCCUGAAGCAGGCACUGGGCAGCUACCCGAUCUGGUGGUCCUUGGCUGUGGGGCCCCAGUACUCCUCCCUGAGCACCCAGCCCAUCCUCUGUGCCAGUAUUCCGGGCCUGGUGCCCAAGCAGCUGCGCUUCUGCAGGAACUACGUCGAGAUCAUGCCCAGUGUGGCUGAGGGCGUCAAGGCCGGCAUUCAGGAGUGCCAACAUCAGUUCCGUGGCCGGCGCUGGAACUGUACCACUGUCAGCAACAGCCUUGCCAUCUUUGGCCCCGUGCUGGACAAAGCCACCCGGGAGUCAGCCUUCGUCCACGCUAUCGCCUCUGCGGGAGUGGCCUUCGCAGUGACACGCUCCUGUGCUGAGGGUUCUGCUGCCAUCUGUGGGUGCAGUAGCCGCCUCCAGGGCUCCCCAGGCGAGGGCUGGAAGUGGGGCGGCUGUAGCGAGGACAUUGAAUUUGGAGGAAUGGUGUCUCGAGAGUUUGCAGAUGCCCGAGAGAACCGACCAGAUGCCCGCUCUGCUAUGAACCGCCAUAACAAUGAGGCUGGGCGUCAGGCCAUCGCCAGCCACAUGCACCUCAAGUGCAAAUGCCAUGGGCUGUCAGGCAGCUGCGAGGUGAAAACCUGCUGGUGGUCUCAGCCUGAUUUCCGGACCAUCGGCGACUUCCUCAAGGACAAGUACGACAGCGCCUCCGAGAUGGUGGUGGAGAAACACCGCGAGUCUCGUGGCUGGGUGGAGACCCUGCGGCCGCGCUACACGUACUUCAAGGUGCCCACAGAGCGCGACCUGGUCUAUUACGAGGCGUCGCCCAACUUCUGCGAGCCCAACCCCGAGACCGGCUCCUUUGGGACACGCGACCGCACCUGCAACGUGAGCUCGCACGGCAUCGACGGCUGCGACCUGCUGUGCUGCGGCCGUGGCCACAACGCGCGCACCGAGCGGCGCAGGGAGAAGUGCCAGUGCGUCUUCCACUGGUGCUGCUAUGUCAGCUGUCAAGAGUGCACGCGCGUUUACGACGUGCACACCUGCAAGUAACUGGCUGAGGCCCGCGACGCACGGGGCAGCGACCAGGUGGGGUUCUUAACUGACGGAGCAGGA